UACAUGGGGGCAGAAAAAGAAUAUUCUAUGUUUGGCUUAGCUGAAGCAACGACUUGCCGUUCGACUCAGGCGACAAUGAAUGCAUAGGAAAGAAAAAGGCCCCAUAGGAGAGGCUUAAAUUACAGAUACCAAACAACAGCACCCAGACGCCGCCAAAAUGCUAGCGAUAACCACCUCUUCAUCUUCAAUAACAAUCCAUCCUCCGCGCCUGUCUCCUCCUCCAUCUUCCGUUACACCUAAUCCCCCUCUAAACCCUCACCAUUGCCUUAAACCCAUAAUCCGCCGCCACCUCCUUGUCCUUGCUUCACUCUCCAUCUCCCCUCUUUGCUCACCAGCCGCCGGUGCCCGUGGCCUCUUCCAAAUGCCCCCGUUCCGCCUCACUAACCGGUACUAUUUGGUGAGAGCUGGGGAAUCUGAAUUUGAGAGCCUAGGGAUUAUCAACACGAAUCCAGUUGCGAAAACAUCGGUUGAUAGCGGUUUGUCAGAGAAAGGAAAGAAGCAGACUGUGAAGGCUGCUUUAGAAUUGAAGGCAAUGGGAGCUUGUGAUAGGGGCUGCUGGAUUUGGCCCUCCAUUACUCAGAGAGCUUACCAGGCUGCAGAGAUUAUUGCUGCAAUUAAUGGAAUCAGCAGGAGUUUUAUAGUUCCGGAGUAUAGCUUCUUGGAUGCUCGUGGAUUGGGAGCUUAUGAAGGCAAGAACUUGGAUGCUCUUUCAGAAGUGUAUGAAUCAGAUACUAUUUCUCCAAGAAACAAGCCUCCUCCCAUAGAUGAUGGCACCCCAAAUGAGAGUGUUGCAGAUGUAUUUGUCCGUGUGACACAACUUAUGUCCAUUCUUGAAACCCAGUAUUCUGGGGAGACAAUCAUUAUUGUCUCUCCAGAUUCUGACAAUUUAACAAUUCUACAAGCUGGUUUAGUCGGACUUGAUCUUCGAAGGCAUAGGGAUCUUUCAUUUGAUCCUGGGGAAGUCAGAUUUGUUGAUACCAGUAGCAUUCCUACUUACCAGCAACCAGCAUCUGCUGUAUAUAGAUGUCUAAACCCACCAGUUUGCAACUGAAAUAAUUUGUUUAUUUAAUUUGUGCUAUUUUUUUUUUGGUCAAAGCAACCGACUUUUUAUCCCUUCUGUAUCUAAUCCAUUUUUAUGCUUAUGUUGUUAUCCUGAAAAAUUAGCUUUUGCACUUGUUAAUUUCAACUUCAGAGUAUGAAGAUGAAAAUUUUAAAAAAGUGUCUGCAUAUGCAUUAUUGCAGCGAACUCUUUAUAGA